AUGCACUCAAGCAUUUGUCUGACUGGGGCCCAGAGCUCAGCGCACACCCUCUUCCUUGCGAUGGCCCCAAAGCGCAAGGCGGCGGGCAAGCCUGCAGAAGAGCCGCUGGCAAAGCAGAAUGCCACUAUUCUGAAGAAGCUGGGCGUUUCGCAAAGAAGUUUCAACAAGGUAAUGGAGGCUUUGACUCAUCCCCUUGCAGAGAUUCCGGAGGCGUGCCAGCACAUGCUGUUGGCUGGCUUGGCGCACAGCCUCUGCGUGCCAGUGGAUGAGCGCCAUGCUCUCCACCUCAAUCCCUCCCACAAGUUGUCAUCAAUCAUGGCCGUGCAUCUGCAGCUGGUCGACCAAACGGAGAUGUCAGGUGUUGUUUGGUACCACAUCCGGGUUGUCGAGAAUGAGAAGCAGUGGCUCGUGAAGAAAACCUUCAAUGAGUUUGCACAUCUGGACGCAAUGCUUUCUACAUCUACGUCACCCUUUGUGAGACCACCUUUCCCUGAAAAAGGUACCUUCGGUUUCCGAGCAAUGUUCAACAUCGGUGACUUCAACGAGAAGCGCCGAGCCGGCCUUGCCAACUACCUGGCACAGCUUGCACAGCAGCUGCAAUCCCUUGCUCGGCUGCCAGCGCUGCAGCAAUGGUUGCAGCCGGCAGCAGCUCCGGCUUACGCACCGGCCUACGCUCAGCCAGCAGUGGCUGCUCCAGCGGCCAACCCCAUAGUAGCACCGGCUGCCAUGCCGGCAGUUGCAGUAGCCUAUCCCCAGGGACCAAGAACGCCUGCUGCAGCAGUUGCAGUGGUGCAGGCACCGAUUGAUCCCACGCAAGCAAUGAUGGACAUUGCCCCCUCGGCUCCAGCUUUAUCACCCGAAUAUUCGCAACCACUUGCUCAUCCAGUUGUUCAGCAGGCAGUACAGCCUGUGUCGGCUGUGCCUGUGGCUGCGCCGCCACAGCAGCAGGCCACACUUUCCCUCGGACAGGCUGUGCCAACACAAGCGGUUGUCGAUCAGGCACAGCCUGUGGUGGGCCAGAUUCCUGUUGAGGCUCAAGCUUCGCCUGCAGUGGGGCAGCCUGUAGGACAGGCGGUGACGGGCCAAGCGAUGCCUGUGCAGCAAGCCGUGCCCGGAGAAGCAAUUCCAGCGCAAGUGCAGCCUGCCAUGGGACAGACGAUGCCUGUGACUGGCCAGCCUGUACCAGCGCAGGCCAUGAUGGGCCAGGCACAGCCUCCAGCCGCGCAGGCUGUUGUAGCUCAGGCUUUGCCGGCAGUGGGCCAGCCCGUCGUAGGACAGGCAGUCGGGCAGGUCUCACCAAUACAGCAAGCCAUGCCAGGGCAAGCCCUCCCAGUACAAGCCAUGCCAGUGCAAGUUCAGCCUGGGCAAGCGGCUGUGCCAGGGCAGGCUUUGCCAGUGCAGCCUGUGGUUGGGCAAGCGGCUAUACCAGGGCAGGCUUUGCCAGUGCAAGGACAGCCUGUGAUGGGACAAGCGGUGCCAGUGCAAGGCACACCCAUGAUGGGACAAGCCGUUCCGAUGGGGCAAGCCGUUCCAGUACAAGCACAAGCUUUCCCAGGAGCUCUGCCAGCACAGGGCGUGCCUGUGCCAAUACAGGCCCAAGGAUUCACCCCAGGAGUGCCGGUGCAGGGGCAAGCCUUCCCUGGGGGCCAAUCGAAGCCAGGCUUUGGUUUUGGCGAUGGUGCGAAGCUAGCGGCGGGCGUUGCUGGCGCUGCGGGGCUGGCGGCUGGGCUGGGCGCCAUGCUCGGGGUCCACCGCACUGGCCACGAUUAUGAUUCUGGACAUCAUGCUGCGUAUGGUUCAGCUGGCUUCUCUGGCUUCUCCGGCCACCACCAUGACCAUCACAAUCACCACCAAGAAUGGGGAUACAACCGCCAUGAGCACCAUCACGAAGGGCGCUGCUUCAAAUGUGAAGGUCGAGGCUUCGUUCACGACUCGUCCAUGAACCACGACAAAUCCUGGGAUGAGCGCUGCUUCUUUUGCACAGACUGCUCCGGCUGCAGUGGCAGAGGCUACAUCUCUGAGGGCCACGGCGGCUUUGGAGGUGCCUUGCUUGGAGGCUUCGGCGGCAAGGAGCGCUGCUACAAGAUGAAGACGAGAGGUGCUUCUUCUGCACAGACUGCACUGGCUGCAAUGGGUCUGGCCACAUCUCUGGCGGUGGGAUCGGCGGCUUCUUUGGAGGCGGUGCUCAGCGAUGCUAUAAGCCAUGAAGUUCAGAACCAGGUUGUCACUAUGAUUGAGGAGACAGUGUGCUCAGAGGGUAAUCUGGCUUCACAUGCGAUGGCGUACUACACUGCCGCCACUGACAUGGAAGGCGUGGUUGAUGAGGACAUUCAGGAAGAAAGUGGCAGCCACGAGGAGGCUGUGGCCGAUGAGUACGGCGGUGACCAGGAGGAGAUUCCGACCGACGAGCUCUGCAACAAUGGCGAGGAUGAUGAUCACGUCGAAGAGGGAGAAGAGGAAGAAGUUGAAGAAGCUGAGCUGGAGCCUGCUGCUGCCGAGGAGUUCCUGGAAAACAUCAACGAUGCACAGGCAGAGGAGUUGGAGGGCGAGGGGGAUGGGGAGGUCCUGGAUGCAGAGGAAGCAUCUGCUCCUGAAGAGCUUUCGGCGCAGGCAGACGUGACUCAGCUCCAGCAGGAAGAGGAAGCUGCAAUUCCGAAUGUGGAGGCAAUGGAACCUUCGGAGGAUUCUGCUGAGGAGGUAGCCUCAGAAGAGCAGGACGCAGAGGCGGCUCCCGAUCAGGAGGACACAGCCGAGGAUGUGGAUGGUGCAGCGAAGGAGAUGGAAGCGGAGGAGGAGGCUGCACCCGAAGAGGCUGAAGAUGCACCGGAGCAGGAAGUGGUCGAGAAGGCGGCUCCCGAUCAGGUGCAGGAGGACACAGCCGAGGAUGUGGAGGGUGCAGAGAAGGAGAUGGAAGCGGAGGAGGAGGCUGCACCCGAAGAGGCUGAAGAUGCACCGGAGCAGGAAGUGGUCGAGGAGGCGGCUCCCGAUCAGGUGCAGGAGGACACAGCCGAGGAUGUGGACGGUGCAGAGAAGGAGAUGGAAUCGGAGGAGGCUGCACCCGAAGAGGCUGAAGAUGCGCCGGAGGAGGAAGUGGUCGAGGAGGCGGCUCCCGAUCAGGUGCAGGAGGACACAGCGGAGGAUGUGGAGGGUGCAGCGAAGGAGAUGGAAGCGGAGGAGGAGGCUGCACCCGAAGAGGCUGAAGAUGUACCGGAGCAGGAAGUGGUCGAGGAGGCGGCUCCCGAUCAGGUGCAGGAGGACACAGCCGAGGAUGUGGAGGGUGCAGAGAAGGAGAUGGACGCGGAGGAG